AUGUCACAGCCACCACCAGCGUAUUUGACCGGCGACAAAGCGAGCAUCGACAAAUUCAUCGAUCAAUUUGAUACUUUCUUGUUUGAUUGCGAUGGCGUUCUUUGGUCUGGGAAUCAUCUUUUCCCUAGAGUACCCGAGACUAUCAACAUGUUGCGGGAGAGAGGCAAGAAGCUCAUCUUCGUCACCAAUAACAGCACCAAAUCUCGCAGUGAUUACAAGAAGAAGUUUGACAAGGUUGGAAUCACGGCGUAUGAAGAGGAAGUUUUUGGAUCGAGCUACAGUGCCGCCAUCUACAUUUCCCGCAUCAUGAAACUACAACCUCCCAAAAACAAAGUUUUCGUCCUAGGCGAAACUGGCAUCGAGCAAGAACUGCAAUCCGAGAAUAUCCCAUAUAUCGGCGGAACAGACCCUGCUUUCCGUCGAGACAUCACAGACGAAGAUUUCCAAGGCAUAGCCGACGGAACCCUUCUCGACAAAGACGUCGGAGUAGUAUUAACCGGUCUAGAUUUCCACCCCAGCUACCUCAAAUACUCCCUCGGUUUCGCAUACGUCCGCAACGGCGCACAUUUCCUAGCAACAAACAUCGACUCGACACUUCCCCAAGCCGGAUCUCUCUUCCCAGGCGCUGGAUCCAGCGGUGCGGCACUUUCCAAAGCCGUUGGUAGAGAACCUUUGGCGUUGGGAAAACCCAGUCAAGCUAUGAUGGAUGCUGUGGAGGGGAAAUUCCUAUUUGAUCGGAAGAAGGCUUGUAUGGUUGGCGAUCGUCUGAAUACUGAUAUUCAAUUUGGGAUUGRGGGGGGUUUGGGGGGGACUUUGGCUGUGUUGACGGGCAUUAGUAAGAAGGAGGAGUUUAUUAAGGAGGGUGCUACUGUUGUUCCUAGUGCUUAUGUGGAUCAGCUUGGAGAUCUUCUUGGUUGA